GGGGAACCAUGUGGAGUGGGCAUGCUGGUGACCGGAGAGACAGAAUUCAGGUAUGGAUGUUGCAGACCUUGAGGGGCCAGCUGAGCGAAGUGUAGGAGAAAGAGCCAGGCCACAGAAGAGACUUGAAACGAUCGGCGUGUACACAGCCGCCAGAGCCACGUGUGGGGAUGAGACGGCGUGGAAGGUGUGGAAUGGAAGGGGAGCCCACGACAUCCAGAGGGAUGCCGUCACCUAAGGUCACCUUCUAAGAAUCAGGCGUCAGUGGAAGAAGCUCAAGAGACCGUGAGGCCUGAGUGGUGACCGUCGUCAUCAUGUCCACAGGAGUCCUGGAAGAUGCCCGGAGAGAGAGAGGUGGAGAGAAAGAUGUGGGCCCGGAAUCUCGAUGAGGAAGGAAGAGCACACUGACCUGUAGAGGAGUCCAUUACUUCUAAAAUUCCCUGCUCAGCAGGCGAGUCACUCCUGACCCUCCACCUGCAGCCUUGUCACUGGAAGAAUACAGUUGUCACUCACUGAGAGUGUGAACACUGAAAACAGCAGAUUUGAGGGGAAGAGGAGCUCGCAGGAGCCAGCGCCAUGGAGACAAGGCCCCAGGAGGGCAGGAAAGGGCCCCCGCCCAGGGACGUGCCCCCGGUGGUGGGACUGCUGCUCUCCAUGGCCCUCAUGAACGCCCUCCUCUACCUCUGCCUCGACCGGCUCUUCAUCUCGCCCCGGCGCUCCACGGAGGACCCCACACGCUGUCCCUACGGCCACUUCAGGAUGGGGCCGGUGAGCAACUGCUCCCCGUGGCUGUCCUGCGAGCAGCUGAGGACAGAAGUGAGGCAGAUGAAGCGUGUCGGGGAAGGAGCCGUGAAGAGAGUGUUUCUGUCCGAGUGGAAGGAACGCAAGGUGGCUCUGUCGCGGCUCACCAGGCUGGAGGUAAGAGACGACUUCCUGCACGGACUGCGGAUGCUGAAGUCGUUGCAGAGUGAGCACGUUGUCACGCUGCUGGGCUACUGUGAGGAUGACAACAGCAUCCUCACCGAGUACCACCCCUUAGGCUCCCUGAGCAGCCUGGAGGCGACGCUGAACCUCUCCAAGUACCGGAGCACGAACACAUGGCAGCACAGGCUGCAGCUGGCCCUGGGCUACGUGGCCAUCAUCGACUUCCUGCACCGCAGCCCCCUGGGCACGCUGGUCAUGUGCGACUCCAGUGACCUGCCCAAGACGCUGUCCCAGUACCUGCUGACCGCCAACUUCAGUAUCGUGCUCAACGACCUGGACGCCCUGCCCCUGGUGAACCGCAGCACCGGGGCCCUGGUGAAGUGCGGCCACCGGGAGCUUCGCGGGGACUUCGUGGCCCCAGAGCAGCUGUGGCCCUACGGAGAGGACGUGCCUUUUCACGACGACCUCAUGCCCGCCUAUGACGAGAAGAUCGACAUCUGGAAGAUUCCAGACGUCUCCAGUUUCCUUCUGGGGCACGUAGAAGGGAGCGACAUGGUCCGAUUCCACUUGUUUGAUAUUCACAAGGCGUGUAAGAGCCAGACGCCUGCAGAGAGACCCACCGCUCAGGACGUCCUGGACACUUACCAGAAGGUUUUGACUCUACUCAGAGACACCGCGACGUCUCAGACAAGAGAGAUGCUGUAAAGACCAGUGCAGUCGGUGAGGUAUGGGAGUCAAGGAUCGGAUGGAAGAGUUACAGUGGUUCCGCUCUGAUGGUGAGGUUUUUGCUGCUUUGACCCGUGGUUCUUCCAUCCGCGUGCACAAGUGAGUGGCUCCCUGUCCUGGCCGCCUGGCAGGAGUUACUAAGCCAGAGCAAACCGGGCUUGAUGGGAGCCUGGCUUCAGGCGAAGGUGCAGAGAAGCAGCGAGUCUGGCCAGUAUCUGAAGGAAGUAACGAAAAUGGAGCUACAGAGAGGCUUCCCUAACACCUAAAUGUGUAAGCUUGUAAGAAACGUGUGUAGAGAGGUUUUUAAAUUGCAGUGUACAGAAGAAACAAGCAGUAGUACUCGCUUUUUUAGGUGAGUAUUUGCGGUGUAUUUCACUGGUACUGAUGAGGCAUCUCUACCAUUUCAAAUGAUUGCUCUGUGAAGCUCCUGUGGCGUUCCCUACCCAGCGAGCUUGCGCGCUCUUUGAAAUUUUGAGUGGAUAAGGAACAUUUAAAAUAUCAAGUACGAUGGAGAUUAUAUCUAUGUUACUGCCUUGGAUGGUGCUUGUGAAAUUCCUAUUUACCUUCCAGCUGGAUUUUCUGUGUCCAAAGUUAAUUAUUGUGAACAUUUUGUAUGAACAGUAUCUGUCACUCAUUACUGGAAGGCGUCAGGCCCUUCCACUUGAGUCACAUGAUUGAAUCCUUCACGUAGCUCUUUCCUUGGUCACUGUCAUCCUUGUUCGCAGGGGAUGAUGGAUCUGGUGCAUAGUCAUCAUCACCAAUAGGGGGUUAAAGCUGGCACUGGGGGGCAAAGACGCUGCGCAGCCGACUGCCUGCCCCUGGCUUGCACAGGCCCCACAGUCACUGGAGCCACAGGGAGCUGGGCCCCGACCCACAGGCUCUGACUCAGUCUGUCUGGGUGGAGUCCGAGAGUUCGCAUUUCUCACUGGUUUCCAGGUGAUGCUGGUGCUGCCAGUCUGGGGACCACAUUUCGAGAACCACUGUCCUUAACUGUCAGGGAGGGCAACCCAGACAGUCGGAUAGGGAGUAUUGUCAGUAUUAUCCCUAUUCUACUGCCUGUGGUUGAUCGGGUCCUGUGGGUCCUAUGGUUCGUCAGAGAAUACGCUUGCCCAGAGUAUAUUAACUGCUACUUUUUGUUAUAAAAAUGCUGCCAGAACCCACUAGGAUGGCUGUAAUCAGAAGGAUGGACAAUAACAAGUGUUGGUGAGGAUGUAGAGAACUGGAACAAUCAUACACUGCUGGUGGGAAUGUCAAGUGUUCCAGCUGCUUUGGAAAACAGUCUGGCAGUUCCUCAAAAAGUUAAAAAUAGAGUUACCAUGACCCAGCAGUUCCACUCCCCAGUAUUUACCUGAGAGAAUGGAAAACAUGGCCAUAAAGGAACUUGUACAUGAACGUUCAUAGCAGCAUUAUUCAUGAUAGACAAAAGAUGAAGAUAACCCAAAUGUCCAUCCACUGGUGAAUAGAUAAAGAAAACGAAGAAAAUGUGGUCCAUCCAUUCAGUGAGGUGUCGUUCAGCCAUAAAAAGGAAAGAAGUACUGAUACAUGCUCCGACAUGGAUGAAUAUGCUAAGUGAAAGAAGCUGUCACAAAAGACCACAUUUGUAUGAUUCCAUUUAUAUGAAAUGUCCAGAAUUGACAAACCCAUAGACAUAGAAAGUAAAUUAGUAGUUUCUAGCGGCCGGCAGGGGCUUGGGGUUGAAGAAUGGGGAGUGCUUGCUUAUGGGUACAGGGUUUCUUUGGGGGUGAUGAAAAUGUCCAGAAAUUAUGCAGUGGUGAUGGUUGCACAACUCUGAAUAUACUAAGUAACACUGAAUUGUACAAAAAGGGAAAAUUCUAUGGUAUGUGAAUUACAUCUCAAUAAAGCUGGAACCCCCCCCACCUCUGCCACAAGACCAUGUACCUCUUAUGACCCUUUUCACUUGACGUGGUAGUUACUGUGUGGAAUUGCUGAUUUGAAAUUACCCUAUUCGUGUUGUAAUUCUGGUUUGAGGGUUUUCUUGGUUUGGGGACUUUGCAUUGGGAGCAAAACUUUGUUUCAAAUGAAUUUGUUUUUAAAUAUUGAUGAUAGAGCUAAAAUGAACAGCAUGGUGUAGGGGAGGGGAUGCUGUCAGGAUCAGAAGACCUGAGUUAUAGUCCCAGCUCUGCCUCUGACUCAUGUGUGGCCUCAGACAAACCCAUUUCUAAAUGAGAGAGUUGGUGAGAGGCAUUUCCAACUUCUGCUCUGCCUCUGAGUUCUCCCUGAUGCUUUAUCAUGCCAGUGCCAGACACCAAACUGGCCCUGGCCCUUCAGGUUCAAUCUUCAGUACCAACAGAACUGCAAAAUCGUAAGAGGAACUUACAUUUCUCACUAAAACCUAGGUGAGUUCAUUGCCCACAUAUUCAGCAAAAGUAUAAUCAGGAGAAGAGGCAGAUGAGGUGAGCCAUUCUCAAAGCACAGCCCAGGACUUAGUGGUCUCUCUACUAACCUUAUUCCAAGAAUUUUUUUUUAAAAAUCACCAUGGGGACAUCACUGGAGGUCCAGUGGUUAAGACUCUGCACUUCCACUGCAAGGGGCAAGGGUUUGAUCCCUGGUCAGGGAACUAAUAUCCCGCAUGCCGUGUGGUGUGGCCAAAAAAAAGGAAAAAAAUCAUCGCUACCAUGUGGUUUAUAGUGUGCUUUCUCUUUAUCUCACAUGAUGCUACAAACACUCCAAGCUUCAGAGAGCCUCUAGGGAUUGUAAAUCGUUCAGCAGAGACAGGAUACGUGAGUGUUCUUAAAACGAGGCACAUGAGAUGGGAGUGGGGUGGAAAGCUUAUCUCACGCAGGAUGUGUUAAAAAGGUCCUCUAUGUAUCCACCCUCCCCUCCAUUAUUUUAAAAAUAAAUGUUGCUCAAUUUCAGUAAUCACUAUUCUCAUAUGACUUUUAAUCAUUUAACACAGGGGUCCCCAGCCCUGGGGCCACAGGCCAGUACCGGUUUGUGGCCUGUUAGGAACCGGGCUGCACAGCAGGAGGUGAGCGGUGGGCAAGCAAAGCUCCAUCUGUAUUUACAGCCGCUCCCCAUCGCUCGCAUUAUCGCCUGAGCUCCACCUCCUGUCAGAUCAACAGUGGCAUUAGAUUCUCAUAGGAGCGCAAACCCUACUGUGAACUGCGCGUGCGAGGUGUGCACCCCUUAUGAGAAUCUAAUGCCUGAUGAUCUGAGGUGGAGCUGAGGCAGUGAUGCUAGCGCUGGGGAGUGGCUGCAAAUACAGAUCAUCAUUAGCAGAGAGGUUUGACUGCACAGAGACUAUCAUAAAUCAACUGCUUGCAGACUCAUAUCAAAGCCCUAUCAGUGAGUGGCGAGUGAAAACUACGCUGCUUUUGGUGGCAGGCUUUAUAGUGGCAAGUGAGUUAGUUGAUGGUACUUCACUCGUACAGCUGCAUCUGAUGGCGGGCUCUAAGUCAGAAUCCGACACUUAUUUUAGUCCGCGUGUGGCCCGCCCAUUAUUUUAUUUACCACUUCCAUCCAUGCCUCUUUCCUGCACUGCACACUUGUCUCAGUCACAGUUUUGGUAAGCCCACAAGCUAACCCUAGCCAAAAUGAGUAAAAAACAAACAUCGCUGGAGAGCUUCUUUGAAAAGGCGGAAAGACCCAAUGAUGAGACAACAGAGGACUCUAAGACUGCCAAGAAAAAGAAAGCUGCAUUUAGAAGA